CAAAUUUUGAUUAUCACCCUCUCAAAUGGGCUCUUCUUUUUUCUUUUUCAUUAUUCUUGUCUCCCCAGCAUUAACAUUAGUCAAUGGAGAUGCUGGUUUAAUCCAAAAAACUUGCAAAACCACCAAGUACUAUGACCUUUGUGUCUCCUCCCUCAAAUCCGAUCCCAGGAGCGUGAAUUCAGACACAAAGGGUUUGGCUAUGAUUAUGAUUGGAGUUGGAAUGGCUAAUGCCACAGCCACAUCAACCUUCUUAUCGUCCCGAUUGGUUAGUUCCGCAAAUGACACAAUCCUGAAGAAAGUACUGAAAGAAUGCUCCGACAAGUAUGCUCAUGCGGGCGAUGCUCUUCAAGCUUCUGUUCAAGAUUUUGUGUCGGAGGCAUAUGAUUACGCCUACAUGCAUAUAAUGGCGGCCGCCGAUUAUCCAAAUGCUUGCCAUAACGCGUUUAGAAGGUAUCCGAGGUUGAUCUAUCCGCCAGAGAUUGCGCGCAGAGAAGAUGGUUUAAAGCGUAUUUGUGAUGUGGUUUUAGGCAUUAUUGAUAAUCUUGGUUUUUAAUGUUUUAGGUUUGUCACAACCUUUUGAUGCAAAUGAAGUUAAUUUCCUUUGUUUUGAUUUGGUUGCCUUAGUUGAGUUCCAAU